AUGGCUGAUGAUACCGCCACAGCGGAGGAUUCUCCGAUCACCUUCAGUAUCAAGGCAUCUAAUGAUGCUAAGUUCACACUCACAUUACCUCUCUCGACGUCAGUGUCAGAGUUGAAGGAGAAGCUCUCAUCAUCCGAAUAUGCCGAUACCCCAGCGGAGCGCCAGCGCCUGAUCUAUUCAGGGAGGGUGCUGAAAGACAGUGACACCUUGGCGACCUACAAGAUAAAAGAUGGGCACACUAUUCACCUCGUAAAAAGUGCUGCCAGCAAUCAACGCCAGGCUGCCGCCCCUGCGCAGAGUGCUUCCACAUCCACGCCAACGAGCGCUGCCGCGAAUCCAGCAGCCACCGGAGUCCCGACGAACCUCGCCGCUGGCACAGGCAACAACCCUCUUGCUGGCUUAACUGGCGCGCGGUAUGCUGGGUUCGCCCAGCUUCCAGGUGCUGGCAUGUUCGGCCCAGAUGGCGGGAUGGGCCCUCCACCCGACGCAGAUUCGAUGCUUCAGAUGCUUGAGAAUCCACAAUUCCAGUCCACCAUCAACGAAGCUCUACAGAAUCCUGCCAUGAUCGAUAUGAUGAUGCAACAAAACCCCAUGCUGCGUGAUAUGCCCGGCGCCCGUCAAAUGAUGCAAAGUCCAGAAUUCCGUCGUAUGUUAACCGACCCUGAGUCGCUUCGUCACAUGAUGCAAUUUCAACGAGCAAUGGGAGGUCUUGGUGGCGGCGGCGCUGGUGGUGGCGCUGGUGGUGCUUUCCCUGCCCCAGGCGUUACAAACACGACACCUGAGGAGAAUAGAGACGCGCAAAACGACAAUAGCGGCGCCAACACUACGGCCGGUGCACCACCUUUCAACCCUUUCAUGCCUCAGGGUCUAGGCGCAGGCAAUCCGUUUGCUGCUCUUUUCGGAGGUAAUCAAGGUAUGGGCUUCAACCCAACGGGCGCUGGCCAGACUGGGGCAGGGCAGACAGAAUCAGGUGAGACACCUGGUGCCGGUGCCGAUGCUGCUGCCGAAGGUCAAGCUGCGCAAAAUGCACAGAAUCCCUUCCGCGGUUUGAAUCCUUCUCUGUUUGGUGGUCAAGGGGGCAUGAACCCGUUCAGCCCCGAACAAAAUCCCCUGCUCCGCAACCCUGCGUUGCUGGAACAGUUGAUGCAAUCAAUGGGAGGACAAGGAGGGGAGGGUGGUGCUGCUGCUAACCCUUUCGCUUCAUUGUUUGGGGGUGGAGGUCCCGGCUUCGGUAGCCCAGCUCCCACAGACAACAGGCCACCGGAAGAACGAUAUGCGGACCAGCUGCGCCAGCUCAAUGAUAUGGGGUUCUUCGAAUUUGAACGGAACAUUGAAGCUCUUCGUCGAGCAGGAGGCAGUGUACAAGGCGCAGUGGAGUAUUUGCUGAGCCAUCCCUCCUAA